AUGUUACUCAAUUCAAACAACAACAAAAACUUCAACAUAAUAAUUAAUUUAUUAUUAAAAUUCUUUCAAUUUUUAUUUUUUAAUUUUAAUUUUUCAAUUUUAUUUAAUUUAUUUUCUUUUAAUUUAAUACAAUUAACAACAACAAUUAAUUCUUCAUCUCCUCCUAAUUUUUCUCCAAUUGUUUUCCCUCCCCCUCCUCCUCCACCACAAAAUUUUUUAAGUUCAAAUUGUGGCUUCCAUUCAAAAAAUUAUACAAUAAAAUGGGCAUAUGAGCCAAAAACCAGAAAUGUAGUUUUUGUAAUGAAAACAAAACUUCCCCCAAUUAAUACUCGUGAAAAAAACAUUUCCUUUGAUUCUAAACAACAAAAAACACAAAAAAUGCUUACAGGGAUUGCUUUUGGAGAUAAAGACCAAUUAGACUUUAUUGGAAUAUCUUCAAUAAAUGAUCAAUUAGAUUUAGUUAGUGGUCAUGGUGAAUGGCAACUUAGACAAGAAGAUGUUGGCCACACAUUUUUUGAUGAAGAAAAUAAAAAAAAUCGUCCUCCAUUAAUUCGAAUGCGGGGACCUCUUCACGUAAUAAUUAACAACACUGGAGGGGAAAAUGGACAUAAUAAUCAAAGUGGGGCUUUACCUAUACGAGCAAUUUCGUUGAAAAAGCAACCGACAGAUGGAAGUGUUAUUGCUGAAUUUGCUCGUCUAUUAGCAGGUGAUGGAGAACAAUUAAAAACUGAUCUUUCAAAAUGCACGAAUUUUUUUCUGAUUACAAGAUGGAUUAGUUAUAAUACAUCUGAUGAAAAUGAAGGGAAUUCAGGCAAUAAUGGAGAACUUCCUUCGAUAUUGACUACAUCCUCUGUAAGUGUUCGCCGUACAGUUUGUGCAUUAGUAGAUGAAUGUACACUUGACACAAACCAAAUAAUUGAACAACAAUUAAAUGAAAAGAAAAUGAAAGAUUUACCACCGGCGGCAUCCUCUCCAGAAUUAGCCCAAUCAGUUGAUGUUAGUGGUAAAGGGGAUCCUUGCCGAUUUACAGGUCCAACUUAUUCAAUUGAAUGGUGGAUUGAAGUAAAUGAAAAAGAGGAAGAAAUUGUUAAUUUUUUGAUGAAACAAAAAACGAGAAAAGGGCGUUGGUGGAGUGCUAUUGGAAUUGGGGAUAAUAUGAGUGAUAUGGAUAUUGGAACAAUAUUUUUAGAAAAUGGAGAGCCAAAAGCAAUGAUUGACUAUUUCUCCAAUAGUUACAAUUUACCUGUAAAAGAUACUAAACAAGAUUGGAAAUUAAAUAAAAAAUUGAGUAAAUGGCCAAAGAAAUUAUUUGUUGAGGAUAAUAAUUCUGAAGAUGAACAAAUUGUUGAAUUGUAUUUUUCGAGGAAAAUAACAACAGAAGAUGAAAAUGACCGUUCAAUGGAUGAUUGUGUUUUAUUUCAAUUUGGAGCAAACCUUGGAAUAUAUGGGCCCCCAGGCUUUCGUUUACAUAAACACCAAGAUUGGCCUGAUUUGUACAAAGCUUGCAAACUUAAAAAUCAUUGCAUGCGUCAUAAAAGACAAAACGGAAGAAAUGAUAGAAACAAUUUUGUUAAUAUUCCAACACUAAGCCAUUCAAUUGAUGAAAACCAAACAAAUAAUUCAAUUAAUGUAACUGAUAAAGCUAUAGAACUUUUAAUGAAAUCGCUUGGACCUAAAAUUGUUCAGACAGUAUCAGAAUCAGACAAAAACGAAACAGAAAAUACAAAAGUUAAAACAAAAUUAAUUCAGAAAACAGGUCAAAAAGAAGAAAUAAAUGAAGAAGAUAAUAAUGAAAUAAUUAAAGGGAAGGCAACAAUUAUUCCUUUAUUAAUUAAUUCAAAACAACAAAGUAACAACGGUAUGCAAAUAAGUGAAGGGAAUGAUGUUGGAAAUGAAAAGAAAAAUGAAAACAAACAAAAUGAAAACAACAAAACAUCAAUUAUUAUAUCAAAACGUCAAGAACAACAACAAACACAACAAAACAUUCCCAAUGAAAAUCUAAACAACAAAAACAAUUCUGUUCAGUCUAAUGAAACAAAUACUUCAGAUUCUUCAACCGCUUCUGUAAUUCGACAAAGCGGAGAGGGAGGAGUAUCUGCAGAAAAUGGAGGUUUACCUUUAGAAGGUGCUACAAAUGUUACAUUACCUUCUCCUCCGCGUUUUGGAAUUAGUCAAAUGCUUCAAGAAGAAAAUGAAAUAAGCAAUUCUUCUUCUUCCUCCUCUACUACAACAUUAUCUACAACAAACAAUUUAAAUGAAACUAAUUUAUCCACUACAAUUUCACAAGAAAACAUUAGCAAUACUUCAAAUGAAAUUCAAACAACAAUAAUUCCAACAAACAUUUCUAAUAAUGAAGCAGAAUCUCCAACAACAAUUUCAACAACACAAACAACUAACAACACUGACGAACAUCCACAAACAACAAUUGUAAUAACAACAUCUGAACAACAGACAAACAUUUCCUCAACAAACAUUGUUACACCAACAGAACUUUCCGGAAAUUCUUUGUUUCCGGAAAAUGAGACAAACAAUUUAAAUAGUUCUAGCCAACAACAAAAUUCUGAAACUUUUACAUCUACCACUAUAUUACCUACAACUGUUGAAAUACAGCAAUCAACUUCUUUAAAUAAUAAAAUAGAAGAAACAUUAGAGAAUUCAACAACAGCAAUACUUACAAAUUCACCCACAACAUUAACUGUAAAUUUAGAAUCAACAAACACAACAACUUUAAUUAAUAAUGAAACAUCUACAGGUGAAAGCAAUAUUUCAACCAACACAACAGCAGAAAUAACUACACAACCUACAACAAUUAUAUCAACUGAGAAAACAAACAAACCAACAAAUGUUUAUUUAACAACAAAAACAACAACAGAAAAACAUCAAAUGGAAACCUCAAACACUAAAAACAUUUCAACAAACUCACCAGAAACAACAAAAACAACAUUAAACAAAACAAAUUUUUCUAAUUUACCUGGAUCAAAUGAACAACCAGAAGAACGCGGAAUUAAAUUACCUAUUGCAACAAGUUCUGAAAUUCUGAUUUCUUUUUGUAUUAAAAAUUCUCUAUUUUUAAAAGGUAAAUGUGACGCCCUUCGACCAGAUUUGCCUAUUUGUCGUUCAUAUAUGGAUACUUAUAUUGAAAGAGUUAAGGAUUGGUCAGAAAGGCAUGGUGAACCUUUGGAAAGACAAUUUCCUAAAGCUUGUCGAUUACUCAAUUCUGUUCCCCAUGUACCGACAUUGUGUUGCCAAUUAUUUAAUGAUAGAUGUAAUGAUUUUAUUUAA